AUGUAUUUAUCCGUCAACAAAGAUCCGCCUCUCCCAACUGAGGCAGAGGCCGCGGCCGAGACAGCCAUGAUGCCAUCACCCUCGCUCAAUCCUCUCUCUCCCAGAGUCUCCAACGUCAGCUCAGCCGAUUCGAAUCGAAUGCUUACCGUGGAGGGCGCUCAGAAACAGCCUCCUCUCCCAGGGACCAUCAAAUGCACCGUCGCCUUGAAGCGUUUCAGUCGAUGGGCCAUCACUCCGACCGGCUUUCUGAUCACAGUAUACAUGCUGAAUGUGGUUGCCUGGGGCGGGAUGCUGUUCCUACUGAUGUGUAAUGCCGCGCCGGCCAUGUGCCAUCCCACAUGCGACGAUAUCAACUCGCCUCGUCGGAUCUGGAUCGAGAUCGACUCGCAGAUCCUCAACGGUCUUUUCUGCGUGACGGGGUUCGGCCUCGCUCCCUUCCGUCUCCGGGACCUCUACUGGUGGUGUUUCUGGCGGUUUGGCCGCACCCAGAGCCGUCGCAAUGACGCCCUCGCUCGAUUAGCUGCCGCCCAUGCAAAUUGGUUCCGACUGCCUCGGGCGGAUCUAGAGAGAGGUGAGACCGAGGCGGUGUUGACCCCCAUCCCUCCGAGCAAGGCCCCCAAGCCGCCGUUGACCGGCGUGUAUGCGCCUGCGACGGCGUCGUGGAAGAUGACGUUCGUCGUGCACAAUAUGAUCUGGAAUACGAUUCUGCAGGGCUGUCUGGCCGGGUGCAUGUGGGGCAUGAAUCGCCAUGUGCGCCCUCCCUGGACGACCGGUCUCUUCAUCGGCUUAGCCUGCGUCGUGGCGAUGGCCGCUGGCGGUAUGAUCAUGUGGGAAGGGAACCGGGUCGAUAAAAUCGAAGGGAAACCCAUAUCUGCAGAGGAAGUGGCGGCGAGGAGGAAAUUGGGCUUGUUGACUGAAGAGACGUGA